AUGUUUCUUUCUUUUUUUUUAUUUCUGAUAUCAUGUUCUCUUUCUUUUUUUUUCUUUUUAUUUUCCAUUCAUAAUGAGAGAAAAUCUAUUUACCUUGCUGUUAAGCCCCAACGCCGCUCGACGCUUCCUGGUUGCGUCCUUGUCCGCGCGUGUGACGAGGCACGCGCCGCACACGCCACACACGCGUCUUCUGGGCGCGCAUUUGUUGAUCGCAAAACCCGUCAGACUAGUGUCAGCAAUGCCAGCGAAAUAGGACAGGAGGGUUGGUCGGUUGGUAGUCUGUACUUUCUCUCUUUUUCUCUGUCUCUUCUCUCUCUCUCUCUCUCUCACACACACACAUUCUCUCAAAUGAUUACGGUCUCUAUUUACCGCCUUCUUAAUUCUAAUCUGUCGAUAUUCAGAUGUUUUCCUACCUACUUCAUAUCAACCGAUCUUUGCUCAUUCUAUCUAUCUAUCUAUCUAUCUAUCUAUCUAUCUAUCUAUCUAUCUAUCUAUCUGAUAAACAUAACGACUAGAAACAUUCAAUCACUAAGUAGUGUUCAUUUCGAGCACUAUUACUCAAUAUCAACUUUUAAAAUAUCUAUCUAUCUAUCUAUCUAUCUAUCUUUUCCAUCUAUCUAUCUAUCUAUCUAUCUAUCUAUUCUAAUUUUUAUCUAUCUAUCUAUCUAUCUAUCUAUGUUCUUUUUAUUUCCUCUAUGA